AGCUUUUGAACGACUACUCCUACUCAUACCACACUAAGAACUUCCCCUCACCACAAUACAAGAACCACAAUGGACUGAAUCCUCGCAAGAAACAAUUACUAUUCAAUUUGAAAACUUACGAAUACACGAUUCCUCCUACAACUAUCUCAAAAUGGCUAACAUCUACAACAGCGACCUCGUAAAUCUCCCUUGAUUUCCUCCCCAGAGAAUGAUAGAACUAACACAUGUCAAAAGGAUGCAUUCGACCUCUAUCACAAACAACAACGCUCACCUCUAACCUCCAUCCUCAAUGGGCCUGCUCUUCCCGCUCUGGGCCACGCUCUCGCCGGCUCAACAGGGACUGCGAUUUCCAAUAUCGCCAUCUACCCACUUAAUCUGGUAAUCACACGUUUGCAAGUGCAACGCCAACUGCGCAACUCCUCAUCAGGGUCCGAUGAAGGGUAUAAAUCCGUGGUCGAUGCGUUCACGAGGAUUUAUGAGAAGGAAGGAGGUGUGAAGGCGUUGUAUAAAGGUGUGGUUACGGAUACGGGGAAGAGCGUUUUGGAUUCCUUCUUGUUCUUUUUGGUGUAUAAUUAUUUGAGGACUGAGCGGGUCAAGAAAAAUGGUGGCAAGGGGGGACUACCUGCUUUUGAGGAGUUGGUGGUGGGUAGUUUGGCGGGUGCUGCUUCCAAGCUCUGCACAACACCCAUUGCAAACAUCGUUACCAGGAAACAGACUGCCUCUCUUCUUUCCUCGCGAUCGAGCGCGGGGUCUGGAGGAAGAGAUCCGACGACGAAGGAUAUUAUCGAUGAGAUCAGAGAGGAGAAGGGACUCCAGGGGUUCUGGUCAGGGUACUCUGCGAGUUUGGUCCUAACGUUGAACCCGAGUCUUACAUUCUUCUUGUAUGAGAUGUUCAAAUGCACUCUCCUCCCACGCUCCAAACGCGAGGAUCCCGGUGCACAAAUCACCUUUCUAAUGGCGGCAAUCAGCAAAGCCAUUGCGUCAACAAUCACCUUCCCCUUCUCGGUCGCUAAAACACGCGCGCAAGUUUCCUCUUCACCUCCUGUUGAUCCAGCUUCCGCUUCGCAUCUCAAAACGGACAUCUCAUCCAUCGAGAAUAAAACCGAUGCGAAGAAUGCUGGGAGGGAAGUCAAGAGGGUUGUGAAGAGGAGCACGGUGUUCAAUACGAUUCUUCGGAUUUAUCGUGAGGAGGGACUGGAGGGGUGUUAUGAGGGCGUUUGGGGCGAGAUUCUGAAGGGCUUUUUGGGUCAUGGGAUUACGAUGAUUGUUAAAGAACGGGUCCAUCAACUUAUCAUCCAGGCCUAUUAUUGGGUCCUCAGAUCUCUCAAUAAGUACCCAUCUCCCUCCGAAUUAGCGAGCCAGGCGAGUCAAGCUGCGACUUCGGCGACGAACUCGGUUAGCGAGAAAGUCGGGAAUGCUGUCACGAGCGGAAAGGAAGGGGUCAAUAGUACGAUCGAGGUGGUUUCUAACGUCAUUACCAGCGGCACUCAAAGUGUCAGUAGUAACGUCUCGAGUGGCGUUGAGCGAGUCGGUAAUAUAGGUACGAACGCGGUUUCGGGUGCGAAAACAGGGGAGAAGAUGGCUAGUGAGGAGGCGGGACAUCUUUUGGGGAAUGCGAGAGAGAUGUUGGGUGAUAGGUUGGUGCAGGUUGGGAGUGAGAUUAAGGCUAAGGACGAGUAG